GAUUUUGCUUUGUUCUAGGCUAGGGAAGCCUAAGGAACCAAGGCUUUCUUUUUAACUCUAAGCCUACAUAAUAAUCUAUAAUCCCUUCAUUUAAUCAUUUAAUAUGUAUGCCUUUUCAUCUUUGCACAAUUCCCUCCUCCGGUCUGGCGCUAAUUCAAAUUGAUCUCUUCGUAUUACAAACAAAGCAAGUUUCUGGACUCUGGACAUUUCUUAAACUGUGCUGGACUGAUCUGUUCUGUAAAUCUAUGGCUUCUUCCUCUUCCAGCCAUGCCUUACCAGGUGGAGGAAAAGACCAGGAAGAAAAGAGAGAAGUGAAAGCAAGUGUAGAGGACGAUGGAAGAAAAGAAGAGGAAACAAAAACAGGCGAGAAAGGAAAAGACAGGGAGGAGGAAGUUAAAAAAGAAGGGAACGAAAAAGAAGAACACCAACUGCAAUUGUUUGCCCCCAUCAACGAAGGAAUUGAGCAGCAGCAAGAGGACAGAAAUGAAGUAGCUCAAUUCAUAGAGCCAAUGGGGUACGAUCGCUAUUCUCGUGAUGCAUAUCAACGACUUUUUAAUUUGGAUGCCCUAAGAAAUUUUGUCCUACCGCAUGACAGUGGCAGUGAAGAUGACAGUAGUGGAAGUGAAGGCUCUGUCAUAACUGUUGAAGACAUAAAUGAUAGAAGAUCUGAGAACCCAUGAGAUUUGCCAUAAGAUAUGACUCUAAAAUGAAACAGUUACCAAGUUGAAGUGGAGAAUGGUUAUGACUCAUCUGCACAAGAAGAUACCUGUUAAAAUGAUGAAGGUGAUGCCGAUUAUGAGAACCCCAUACAAUUAAAACAUCACAGGAUUAAAAAAAAAGUCAAAAGAGUUAGACACUUCUGUACACCCUCAUCAAAGUAUAACACAGAUGUGAAAAGUAGGAAUCAGGCUAUGAUAUGCAACUUGUUUUAGAAGAUUAGAAACUCUUGCUUCCAGAAUUUUGCUGUCGGAUAAUGAGGCUUAUGAGAGAAAGAAUCUCGAUUAUCUUGUUUUUGUGUGGAUGGAGAAAGCUUAAAAAAUCUGUGAUGUGCCCUUGAAGAAGUGCUAACCAUUUCCAUUUAUAUUUUCUUUUCAUUGCAGUACAUCUGAACACCUUAAUUCGAGUCCUCGACAGAAUUACUCUGAGGCUUACAAUAUACAAAUAUAAUAAAAUCAAGUUUUUGA